AUGUCAAAUGUCGAAGCGAAAUUACUUGCAAAAUCUGUGGGCCAACUUGUUUGUAUGAAGUCAUUUUCAUCGACUAGUAUCGAUUUAGGAAUAGCCGAAAUGUAUGCUAACAUAGAAGCUCAAAGCAAUACUGAAGAAGUAGCUUUUGUUAUAUUUAUUAUCGAUGCGAUUCCAAGUGAGAAUAACAGAAGAUUGCGACCGUCCGUCGAUAUUGCUGAGAGUAGUCAGUUUGGAACAAAAGAAAAUGAAAUUCUGUUCAUGCUCGGUUCAGUCUUUUGUAUCGAAAAUGUUGAACAGGAUGUUAAUAGACGAUGGAUUUUUGGAGAUGGACAAAACGUAAAUGAAACAGAUGAUGAUACAUUUCACAGUUUUGGAGUGUUACUCUUAGGGGAAGAACAUCGUUUAAUAGCCGAAAUAUAUAUCGAUCUUGGUCGAAUGUAUUAUGAAAAGAAACAACUAGAUAAAGCUCUUGAUUAUUAUACACGUGGUCUCACUGUAGCACAAAAACUCCUUCCUGAUACUCGGCUAGGAUUCACAAAUAAUGAUACCAUUAUUCAAAAUAUUGGAUAA